GCUCAAAAGAUCAUCCUUGAAGAUCAAAUGCCUGGAUUUGGCGAUGGUGGUCCUCUUUGAGAUUUUUGUACUUAUGACGAUUAUUAUACAACCUUGUAAAUUCGCUCUCGUUUUCGAUUUCAAUACACACAGGAUGCUGAAGUAAAUUUGGAUGGUGUAGUUGAACUUGUAGCGCGUGAAGAUAGUGUUCUUGUUGAGUAAGCAUUCUUUUCAUCUCCGCAUCGACUUCCGAGCACACCGUAAUUCGAAUUCAAAUCUUCACUUCACCUAGAGGAGAAAAAUGUCGUUAGCUGAUCUGAUCGGCGGCCAGGGUGUUGAGGCUGCUGAGGAGAGCGGCCUCGCUGGUCUCUUCAGGAGCACUGGGACUGCGACCUCUUCGAGUACGAGCUCCACAGCAGCGAAAAAGGAGGAUGCGUCUACCAAACAAGAUAGCAAAAAACGAACGCGACAAGAUGAAGAGGAAAAGAUUGCGUCGAGAUUAUCCAGUACAUCUAAAACACGACUAAAGAAAACCAAGACGUCUUCUGGAUCCAAAGCAGGUGCAGCGGAAUCGGGAGCUGCCGAGGCGACCCCAUCAUUCUCCUCUUCUUCCGGGAAAAAAAGCAAAAAUGAAGGCGGAGAGGAAGCGGCGCUUAUCUCCAAGGAGGAGGAAAACUUGGUCCAAUUGCAGAAUGCAUUAGCUGCAGCGCGUGCCCUCAGAACAAAUCAGACGAAGGGACCAAGCAUCGCUGCCUCGACACUUCUCGGUGAAGCCGUACUAAAUCCGAAGAAGGACGCGCUAUUGGAAAAAGGCGCUGCCGCAGAGAAAAAAGCUCAGAAGGCGAUGAAGACGAGUCAACAGACGGGUGAACUGACACCAGCUGAGUUGCAGGAGAAGGAAAAGAGAACGAUGUUUAUUGGAAAUGUACUACUUAUUGUUCCUGCUCCUGGUUUUAAUGGCGUUAUUGCUUAGUUUGCUGCGAACAAGGUUAAGGAGUUACUCAAAGAACGCAUAAAAUUUUAGGAAACGAAAACAUCACCGACCACCUGGGUUCAGAACUUUUAGUUAAUAUUUAUAGAAGUAGGUCUCGUAAGAACCAUGAGAGAGGUAAUUCAGGACCACUUAGAAGCAAUUUUCUACGGCGGAGAGGAUAUCCAAAUAAUCCCGUCUCCCAAUUCCCUUAGGUUCCGCUCGCUUGGUCUACCCAGGAGCUCAAGCGAUUUGUCUGCGAAAAAAUGCGGUCCCACAAGAUCAAAACCGAGGUCCCCCUAACCGAUCUGCAUAUCACCGAAAGAAAUGGAAUACCUGUCUGCGUACGCUCAAACUCUCACCUUGAAGACAUCGUACUCACUGUGGACGGCAACAGCGUUUGCAAAGAGACUGGUCCAUCUUCUGAAGAAGCGGGAAGAAACAUCUCCGCAUUAGCGGAGAAGCUGAAGAAGACGGUGAAGGGAAAUAGUAGCGCACUUUCUGUUGAGACUGUGGCCACCGCUUCUACUGAAGCCACUACCACACCAACUACAACCUGCACCAUCGAGCUCGACUGCACUCUCCGAAUUCAGUCUUUGCGUUUUCGCUCCUUACCUGUGGAGGCGAAGUUUGUAAACAACAGAAGAGCUGCUUAUGCAACGGGUUGUUAUGCAGAGCAUGGAAAGAAUAAGAACGCAUAUGUGGUAUUGCGAGAAGAGUGCAAGGACUUGCUACCAGAACUAGUGUCGAGACUCCAGGGUUGUAUGGCAGAUGAAGAGCACAGAAUUUUGGCUGAUUUUGUAGUACAGCCGACGACUUCUAAGAGUGCUGUAGCUGUUGGACCUAAAGCGAGCGGCAAAGAUGCUGCAGACGACAAAGAAGAGAACGCAGACGGAAGUACUUCUAAGAAAAACAAGAAGCAGAGGAAAGCCGAGAAGAAGGCCGCGAAGAGAGAAGGAGCAAAGGCAGGUGGUGAAGAGUCUGGAGGAAAAGAUGUUGAAGAAGAACAACAAGAAGCACAGAAGAUGAAUGCUUCAGCCUCAGCUUUCAGCAGAAAGAAGUCCGUCUUCGUUGGCAAUCUACCGGUUACAGCAACAGAAAACGACUUAGAGUUGAAGGUCGCUAAAUUCGGCAUGGUUCGAAAGGUGAGAAUCGUACGAGAUGCUGCGACACAUUUUUCCAAAGGAUUCGGAUUCGUCGAGUUCGAGGACCGCACGAGCGCGACAUCCUUGGUCAAAUCGAAAGAGGAGAUCCGAUUAGCGAAUAGUUCUAGUGUGUUGGGAGGUGCAGGCGGAAAAGGUAUUGGUGCAGUACAUCACAUCGGAGAUGAUAGUGGUGUUGAAGGAGGCGAAGCAGGAGAUGGUCGUAUCUUGCGAUUUUCUAAGGUGCUAGGAGAAGAGGAAUUGGCUGCGCAGAAAGCUGAAAAAGAACCAGAAAUGAGCUUGGGGAAGCGGGUAAAGCAAUGCACGAAGAAGAAGGCCUUGAAAACCUUGACGAAUCAAGAACGCAGACGCCUAACGCGAUCUAAAAAGUGGUUGAAAUCACAGAAAGAUAAGGCUAAACAAGCAACUUCAGCUAUGCAAGAGGGAGAAGCUGGCGGAAAGAGUAAGGCUAAAGGUAGUGGAAAGAAAGGUAAGGGAGGCGGAAAAAAUCUAAAACUCUCGUCUGGUGGCAAGUCUGGUGGUGCUGGUAAGGGUAACAAAGGAGGAGGAAAGAAGGGCGGCGUGCGAAAGAAGUGAUCGGGGACAGACUAGGACUACCAGAUUCGCCAAAUCUAAAUCUAGUCUCCCCAAAGCUAUACAUCAAGCUUGUUUAGAUUAUUGCACUUGCAGCUUUCGUCCAAUUUCACAUUUAGCGUAACAACUACGAUUCGGUAUUAGGAACACCAUCAAAAUCCAAAAUUUUAGAAUGUAAAUGAAAACGACCUAAUUUCGCAUAUACAACGAAGCUGAUUACUGGUGACUUAAUUGACCUUGUUGCUUGUAAGCACGCGUGGCUCACUACAAUUCGAACUCCCUAGUCGAAGUGUUUGAUCCAAAGAUUCUUUAUUAAUCUUUUGCCCUCAGCUUUGCGCCCAUUCUUGACUGUGCUCCAUGUUCUAAAUGUGUGUCAAAGCAAGGGUUUUUCUUCUGCCGUGGUGACCAAUUCGAAUGACCUAAAGAUCCAACGCAGCCUAAAUACAAGUUCUCUUGAC